GUCUGAUUUUCAUCGAUUAAUUCAAAUAAUCUUAUCAGAAGAAAUAGGCCGGAUUCAUAGUAGUAUAUAAAACGCAAUGAUGAAGUAUUUUACAUUAGAAUUUUAUCAAUAUUACUACCUAAAAAAGCGCACGUCUAAAGAUGAAAUUCGUUUUCGGAAUUGUGACUUUAAUCUCUGCAAUCGGUCAUCUUAAUGCCUACGUAGUACCAAACCUUGGCUCAGGUGCACUGGCCCAAGAAUUCCAAUAUUUCCUAAACAUCAUACCUAUUGACAAUGUGAUAGAACUUACAAAAGCGUACCUAGUCAGAGACAAAGAAUUUCAAUGGAUUAUGUCCUUUAUACAAUAUGAUGAUAUAAAAAAUUACAUCGAAGAUUUGGAAAAUAUGACGGAAUUCAAGAAUCUCAUGAAUUAUUUGGAAAACAAUGGUCUUGACGCUUACACUAUUUUGAAAAAAUUGAAAGAAUCCUUAAAAGAAGAACAAGUGAUAGUUUCGUCUGAUUCUCAGAUCAAAAUCACUGGAAGUAUCAAAGGUUUCAUUAAAGAUCUCUCGACCAUCUUGCCAGUAUUCGAUUGGAUGAACAUGUAUGAAUACAAGAUUGAGACCUCUGAAGUGUUUAGAAAUUUCGUAGAGGAACUUUUUGAUUCUCAAUAUGAGGUUUUAUUCACGAGCACAUUUACAAAUGUCCAUUUCCAGAAGAUGUUAGAACUACUUAAAUAUCUUAACGUCGACAACGAAACAUUCCACGUAAACUUUGUCACCUUCCUCAUUAUUAAAGGAUUGAUUCAUCAUUAUUUUUAAAUAGGAAUAAUAAGAAUAAAAAUAUAUAAAUCUAUUUAUAUAAUUUGUACACAAUGUGUUGAAGCUUUAUUGACAAUAUAUAGUAUUAUUAUGUAAUUAUUAUCUACUAAAUAAAAAAAAGUAAAAAAAUAGAAUAAAAUUUAUUAAAUUUAAUACAAUAUAAUUAAUAAAUUUAAUUUAAUAAAUAGUGUGUUGUAUUUUGAUAUGAUAAAUGAAUAAAUGAAUUGAUUAAUAAA